AUGGUAUCUCUCAGCAUCAUCGCCACAUUUGUUGCCAGUGCCGCCGCUCUCGGCAUCAACUGCCGCGGCUCGGGUGGUUGCACAUUCAACAAUGCCAAGCUGAGUGAUGUCUUGACACAAGUCAAACAGAUUCAGGCUCAAGGCAACGGUAAUCAUCAUUACAACACGGGAGUCCAACUUGCCUGUGCUCAGGGCCAGUACUCAUCUAUCUGUGCCUUCUACCAAAACGGUGCGAGCGGCACGGCGAAUGAUGCCGCUGGUCAGCUGCAGGGACUUGUUGACCACAAGUGCUCACAGUGUGGUUCUAUUCCUACCCAGCCAGGGAAUGAUGUUAGUAAGGGCGAGCUCACGGUGAACAUUGUGAGCGCCCCUUGCUGCAAAGGCAACUGUGUUUGUCCCAUUUAA